CAGGUGGAGCUGAACACCAUCGCCUCCUCCUUUGGCUGCCUCAGCACCCUGGUGGCCCGCAUGCACCGAUACCUGCUGGGCCGGCUGGGGGCCGGCGAGGCCGAGCUGGCGGCGCUGCCGCAGCACAACGCCAUGGACGGGAUCGUGGACGCGCUGGGGGUGGCAGCGGCAGACUACGGCGCCCCCGGCGCGGUGGUGGUGAUGGUGGUGCAGCCAGGCGAGCGCAACGCGUACGACCAGCAGUGGCUGCAGACGCGGCUGUGGGAGCGGCACGGCGUGCGCACGCUGCGGCGCAGCCUGGCGCAGCUUGCGGCUGAGGGGCGGCUGGGUGAGGGCGGGCAGCUGGAGGUGGGCGGCCACCCCGUGGCUGUCGUGUACUUCCGUGCGGGCUACACCCCAGACGACUACCCCAGCGAGCGCGAGUGGGCGGCGCGGGUGCUGGUGGAGCGGUGCGACGCCUACAAGUGCCCCACGGUGGCCUACCAGCUGGCGGGAGCCAAGAAGAUCCAGCAGGACCUGGCGCGGCCUGGGGUGGUGGAGCGGUAUGCUGCCAGCGCUGAGGAUGCCGCGCUGCUGCGCACCCUGUUUGCGGGCCAGUGGGGGCUGGAGGAUGUGGGCGACCCCGCCACCGCCGCCGUGGUGGCAGACGCGGUGGCGCACUCGGAUCGGUAUGUGCUCAAGCCGCAGCGCGAGGGUGGGGGCAACAACUAUUACGGCGAAGCGAUGGCGCAGCGGCUGCAGGAAGGGGGUGGCCUGGCGGCCUACAUCCUCAUGCAGCGCAUACAGCCGCCCGUCAACCGCGCCGUCAUGGUGCGGCGCGGGGUGGCGGUGGAGGCGGACACGCUGUCUGAGCUGGGCAUUUACAGCGCGUAUGUGCGGCGGGGCGGCGAGGUGCUGCUGAGCGCCGAGGUGGGGCACCUUGUGCGCACCAAGAGCGCAGACAGCAACGAGGGCGGCGUGGCGGCGGGCUUUGCCGUGCUCGACUCGCCCAUGCUG